AUGUCGUACUCGCACCCUCCCAGGCGCACGGGGCUGCCGCGCGCCGUGCUGAGGUGGCUGCAGAGCCUGGACCUGAGCUUCUUCCCCAGGAACUUCCGACGGGACUUCUCCAACGGCUACCUCAUCGCCGAGAUCUUCUCCUGGUACUACCCCGGGGACAUCCACAGCCACAGCUACGAGAACGGCGCCUCGCUGGCCACCAAGCUCAGCAACUGGUCCCAGCUCGGCCAGUUUUUUUCCAAAAGAAACUUGAAGCCUGUCCAAGAACUAAUAGAUGGGACAAUUCACUGUAAACCGGGAGCAGCAGAAAUGUUGGUACAAGACAUCUACUCAAUGCUGACAAAUGGACGAAUUAAAAAUAUUCAGGAUGAGGUUGACUUUACAGACCACUAUUAUCAGGAGCAGUUACCGAUGGUCGCCAGGUCAACAGCUUCAAAGGCUAUCAAGAAUAACAUUAAGCUAACAGAAAUAAUGAUAGAGCCCAACAUUAACAAAAAUAGACAAAAGGUUAAUGCCAUCAUCAAUAUGCAUAUGCAACAGAGACUGGUAGAGAGGGAAGAGAACCCAAAGCGGUUUAACAUUAAACCAAGCUUGGCAGAAUGUGCAGUUCGUCAUCCGGCUGCUGUAGAUCCCUCUGGGAGUGCGAUUAACAUCCAGAGAGAGAAACUUUCUUUUAUAUCAAACCUAGGGCUCCCAGAAAUCAGAGGCAAAACUGGUGUUCACUUCAAAGAAAUCCAGGUGAAACAAGCUGACAGAGGCUCUUUUACUGUGGAUGUAUAA